AUGGAAGCGAACGAGGAUAUAAAGCCAAUCAUUAUCAAGGAAAAUGUGUCACGCGAGGCCUACAUCAAGUAUCUCAGUAUUGAGCGAAAGCUCCCUGUUAACAUUCGUUUGAUCAAUGGAAAAAUUAUAGCUUACGAA